AUGAAGGUGGUCGACUUUGACGGCGUUACCUACAAUAUCUCGACUCCCGAAUCAAAGAACGUUCUUCAUAUCUCGUUGCAGUGGGGUUGCUACCAGGAGUUGGUAUCGCAUGGAGCCACAGACGUGUUACAACGCGAAUAUGGCGAUUAUUUGGCAUCUACUCCCGAGCCCAACUACGACGUAACAUUGGUUAUUGAUUUGGAUAAAGCACCUACAGACGCAGAUGGCCAAGAUGCCCUUAUUCGGAAGGUAUCUUUGUUAAAGCGUAAUCUCUUGGCAGCACCCUUUGAACGCGCAUUUGAAGAACAAGCCCAAUACGAAGACAACGAGAAGCCCAACCCCACAUCAGAAUUAAUGGCAGUGCAUUAUCGUUCCGAAGAAGCCAUCUACGUCAAGUCCAGCUUUGAUCGUGUCACCGUUAUCUUUAGCACCAAGUUUAAGGAUGAGACCGACAAGAUCUUUGGCAAGGUCUUUUUGCAGGAAUUUGUUGAUGCUCGUCGUAGACCUGCUCUUCAAAACGCUCCUCAAGUCUUGUAUUCAACCCGUGAACCACCUAUGGAGCUCCGUCAUUUGGGUUUGCAGGAUUCGCAUGAUACCAGCUAUGUGACCUUUGUGCUUUUCCCACAACACUUUGUCAAGGGUGAUGUCCGUGAAGAGACCAUUUCUCGAAUCCAAAUCUUCCGUGACUAUUUGCACUACCACAUCAAGUGCUCCAAGGCAUAUAUGCACACUCGAAUGAGAGCACGCGUCAGAGAUUUCUUGAAGGUUCUCAACAGAGCUAAGCCUGAGAAUGUCAAUGCCGAAAAGAAGACCGUUAGUGGAAGAACAUUCCGUAGAAGCUAA